AUGGCCCAUGACGGAUCCUACGCCUCCUCGCAGGACGAGGCGCCGCCCCCGCCGCCAGCUCCCGGCUUUCCUGACCACUUGAUGACCGACUCGGACCGGCUUCACCAGCUGUUGCCGGCCAACGAGGACCAAGCCAUGAGCGACUCGGACCGGAGGCUUCCAAGUGCCUCGUUGGCGUCGUCUUCAGGGCUCAAUUUGCACCAAACGGCUGUGCUGGACGUGGUCAAAGAAGGCAAAGACGUGAUUGCCGCGUUCUUGCGCACCACGCGGUGCUACGACGUGAUCAAGAACAGCGGCAAAGUCGUCGUUUUUGACGUCAAGAUACCGAUUAAUCUCGCGUUUUUCGCACUGGUCGAGCACGAUAUCAAGUCGGUGCCGAUCUGGGAUGCUGAGCAGGGCAAGUUUGUCGGCAUGUUCACGGCCACGGAUUUUGUGAACAUUUUGCGUCACUUUUACAUCCGUGGGUCGCCGAUGAAUGAGCUCGCGGAGCACAGCAUUGCUUCGUGGAGAGCAAUUCCACGGUCGCUAUCGAUGGCACCAACGAAGGAGGAGAUGGUGUCGAUCACACCGGAGGACAACCUCUACGAUGUAUGCAAGAUUCUUCGUGACCAUAGGCUUCAUAGACUGCCCGUAGUAGAUCCAACUCAAAACUCGGUCUUGUCUGUCAUCACGCACAGCGGGAUCUUGGAAUACCUGGUGGCCACAUUCCGCGAGCAGCGUCGACUGUUCGACCAACCCAUUUUUGACCUAGGCAUUGGCGUCUACAUUGGUUUCGUGACCGUCCCGGAAGACAUGCCGCUUAUCCGCGUGCUGCAUACUCUCAUUGAACGAAGAGUCUCUGCUGUGCCGAUAGUCGACCCGAGUGGGGUUGUUGUGAAUAUUUAUUGUGUAUCGAACGUCACGGAGUUAGUGAAAGACCGGUCACUCACCCAGUUAGACAUGCCUGUGGGCGAAAUUCUUCGGAUCCAAGCUGCUGAGGGCAACAUCGGAGAAGGCUUGCAUUUAUGUUACAAGACUGACACACUGCAUAUGAUAUUCGAACGGUUCGCGGCAUGCAAAGCGCAUCGGUUUGUGUGCGUGGACGAGUAUUCACGGUGCGUGGGGCUCGUAUCUCUCAGUGAUUUGUUUAAUUAUUUCCUCGAUUAG